AUGUCCAUUCUCACGUACAGCGGUGGCUCCUGCUUAGCCAUGGCUGGCAAGGAGUGCUUUGUGGUGAUUUCGGACAAUCGCCUUGGUGAGCAACUUAAAACGAUUUCUAUGGAGGUUCCGAAGCUAUACGUCAUCAACGAUGGGAUUGUUAUGGGACUCACGGGGCUCCGAACAGACCAGCAAACCUUCGCUCAGAAAGUUAACUUCCGGACCGAAAUGUACAAACUCCGUGAGGAGCGGGACAUUAACGGUAAGGCUUUCGCAGCUUUAGUGUCCUCUAUGCUCUAUGAGGCUCGGUUCGGCCCAUGGUUCGUGGAGCCUGUGAUUGGCACCAUCGACCGCAAAACCGGUGAAGUAUAUCUCUGCGCUACGGAUCUCAUCGGUGCCCCGUGCGAGCCAGAGGACUACGUCUGCGCUGGCACCUGCGCUGAGAGUCUUCACGGUAUGUGUGAGGCACUCUGGCGGCCUGGGCUUGAACCGGAGGAAUUGUUUGAAGUUGCUGCGCAAGCAAUGCUUUCUGCAUGCGAUAGGGAUUCCCUCUCAGGUUACGGUGCGGUGGCUGCAAUUGUAACAAAGGACAAAUUGGUAACACGUCUCAUCAAGGGUCGCAAAGACUAG